AUGGCUUAUCCAUUGUUUUCUGGUAAUUGUAUGGUUCUGACAAUACUACUGUUGGUUUUGUCCGGUUUGCCUUGUAAAGCUCAACUUUCUGAUAAAACAUUCUAUGACACGAGUUGUCCUGCUGCCCUUAAUACUAUAAGGGGAGCUAUUAGGACAGCCGUCUCUCGUGAGCCAAGAAUGGCUGCUUCUCUAAUUCGCCUCCAUUUCCAUGAUUGUUUUGUUCAAGGUUGUGAUGCCUCAAUCAUGUUGGACGAUACACCUACAAUGAUGGGCGAGAAAAAUGGGAUCAACAAUAUCAAUUCUGCUAGAGGAUUUAAUAUCAUUGAAAAUAUUAAGGCAGAUUUAGAGACUCGGUGCUCUAGAACUGUUUCUUGCGCUGACAUUCUUGCUGUUGCUGCUCGCGAUGCAUCUGUUGCUAUUGGAGGACCAACUUGGCCAGUGAAGCUUGGAAGAAGAGAUGCUACUAAUGCAAGCGUAGACCUUGCUAAUGAUAAUCUUCCUCGCUUUACAGAUUCUCUGCAAAAGCUGCGUGAUUUGUUCAUCAGGACUAAAGGUUUAACUGAAAGAGAUCUGGUUGCCCUUUCAGGAGCACAUACAAUUGGGCAAUCAAGAUGUUUCAGCUUUCGUGCAAGGGUUAAUAGCAAUGAAAGUAUUGAUCCUGAAUUUGCUAGAAGUCUGAGAGAAGACCUUCCAUGCCCAGCUGAUGGCUCAGGAAAUGAAAACCUUGCGCCGCUUGAUCAAGUAACUCCCAACGGCUUUGAUAACAACUAUUUCAAGAAUCUUGUCGAAAGAAAGGGCCUUCUUCAAUCGGAUCAAGUGCUUUUCAGUGGUGAAUCUACAGACGCCAUUGUUAAUGAGUACAUUAAAGAUGGUUCUAUUUUCAGAAAAGAUUUUGCAGCUGCCAUGGUGAAAAUGGGAGAUUUUAGCCCCAAAACUGGUAAUCAGGGGCGAAUAGGACAGUUCUGCAACGUAGUUUAAUUGAUCUCAUCACUGAUUAAUGCUCGAUUGUUUUCUUGAUUAUUAAUUUGUUCUUAUGGUACUUCGCAACAAUAAAAAUAUAGUGGGAGAAUAAGCAUAAAUAUAUGUAGCUUGAGCAAGAUUUAAUCCUCUCUCAGACAAUAUCCCGCUUGUUCAAUUGUAUUGUUAAAUUAUCCAUGUCAAUUGUGAAACAUAGAUGCUUUUGCUGUUUUUUUUAUGAAAUAA